AAAAAAACCGAAGAUGCACAAUCAGGGGUUUGGCUCUCUCGUUUGUGAAAAGGCUUCCCCUUCGGUUAUGUUCGUACAAAAAUGAGCUCGAUAUGGUUGAAUUACAACAAUUAUCCAUUAGAACAUAUAUCUUGGAUCAUAGAUACUUGUACAUGUAAUCGAAUAUGAGAGAGCAUUCAAUAUUGUAAAUAAAUGUUAUACGUUAGGUUUUUCUUCGUCAUGGUCAUUAUAAUUAUGUAUCUUAUUGAUUAACUUCAUAGUUCAAUGAAUUGUUGAAUAUUUUUAAGUUAUACAUAUUUACAGCCAAUAUCACAGAUGGCAGUAAUGCUAAAUUUGUGUGCAAUUCAGUUGUCUAGAGGUUACUGUUAGCAACGAUCAACGACAGGAAAAAUAAUAAAAUACUUUCAAUUGUAUGUAUGGAGAACAUCACAGGACUGCAGAAAAUUUAAAAGCGGUGUGGGAGAAUCUCAAAAAGCACACGCGAAAGACUUCUGCUGAUCAACGAGUUCAAGUAUUAACUGGAACAGGUGGCGGUCCUUCAAAAACAGUUAGUAAGGAUCCCAUUUGUGAGAGAGUUCAGAGCCUAAUCAAACCAACUGUCGAUGGUGCCAAGAAUCCUUUCGAUUCAGAUGCAAAUGCAAUAACAUUACCAUUUGAUGCAUCAAAUAGGCCUACUGCUGAGGAUGACACCAUUCAACUGGAUAUCGGAGCAGAAGUGGAUGUUUCUUUCUUGGAGACGGCAGAGAUAGAGCCAUGGAGGUGAAAAUUCCCCCGAAGGUGUUAAAGUACGAAACAUUCGUGAACAAUGUGCUGAAGGAGGACUUGAGGAUGGUCCACAGUAAGCUGGACCUGCUGAACGAAGAGCUGAAUGACCUGAUGUCCCUGAGGAAGGACAUAGAGCUGCUCCUGAGCCAGGAGAAGCAGAGGCGACCCGUGACCAAGACGCAGAUGGAUGUCGGCUGUAACUUCUACGUGCAGGCCAACGUGGCACGAGCGGACUCCUUGCUGCUGAACGUGGGGCUGCUGCACUUUGUGGAGGUGAGCUUCCCGGAGGCCCUGAAGUACGUCGACGCCCGCACCAAGUGGCUGAGGGAGCAGGUCGACAAGCUCAGGAAGGACAGCGCCCUCACUAAAGCUCACAUCAAGCUGGUGCUGGCAGGUCUGCACCAGCUGCAGACACCUGAUGCUUCAGAUAAGUAGUCCUAUCAUUGUGCGUGCGCCAGCCAGUUCCUCAAUUAUUGAGGUGACCUCAGUAUGACCUGGACAAAAUAUUCAGCAUGUAUUUUAAUGUAAAUGACAAUGGACUCCUGAUAUUUUACAAGUAAAUUGUGAACAGUUUUAUCAUGACAUGUAACUAUGGUAUGGCAAUGUUAGGAAGUAGUUUAAAUUGGUUGUUUCAUAUGUAAAUAUUUCAGGUUUUUGGUCAGUGUAAAAUUAUAAAAGAAAUUCCAUUUGUGGGUUUUGCUGUACAUCCUGUAAGCCUAGCAAAAAUUCAGGAAGAUAGUCAAAUUUAUUAGAACCUUUUAGCAAAAAAUAUUAAAAGUUCAUAUACUAGAAUACAUCACUAUGUUGCAUCAUAGUGAUUUCUUUCGUUUUUUUUGUUAAAUUUAAAUACAUGUUGUGACAAUUUACUGACGCUAAGCUAUCUUAGAUAGCUUAGCCAGUGUAGAGCUGUGGUUGAGGUGAACAUUGAAGUAAUACCUCGGGUACCAACUGCCGGUAGAGCGGUGUGAAGAGUGUGUGGUGCGUGGAUAGUUCGGUCGGGUCUUGACGAAUCUACACUCUAUUGGCCUAUUGUUGCAGCCACUCUGUUGCCCCCUUGCACCUUAAUACCUACUCACUGGGGUGAUAUCCAGACUUCACCUACACUUUAAUUAAGCUGCCCCCAACGAUAGAAAACAGUUUGGCAAGACUUCGUUCCAGGAUCAAAUUCUAUGAAAUAGGAAAUACAGCAGUGAUUAUAGAGGGAGAACAUCACUUUGCAACACACUUUGAAAGUACAGCUUUAUGAACUUCUGAAGCAGAACAAACCUCUGCAAAUUCAUUAUUCUGUGGAAACGUUACUGAGUCAGUCAUACACUUCUAAUGCCCCCUGUAUCAUCUUGACCUGAAUUCCAUGGCAUCUGGGCUGUAGUGAAAGAACAAUUUGCAACCAGAAAUAAUGUAAAGUGUAAUCUGGAUGAUGCUAAGUGUCUCUGUGAAGAUAUUUUCAAUGAUAUUGGAGAAUAUGAUUACUAGAAGCCAUUGUACAAGCAGGUAAAGAAAUUAGAGAAUGAAUAAUACAACACAGUUGUGCAUUUUUGACUCGAGAUCGUCAAAUUAAUAGUACAUUUAAGCAGUAUUGGCAGUGAUAGUGUUGAUGAUAGUGCACUUUCAUUAAUAGAGGAAAUGGAUGGCUUCGCAGAACUCGCCAAGGACCAGUAAAAACUUUAAGUCAGCAAGUCAUUGUUUUUUUGUUAGUCUGUUUAGCCUGAGACAAACGUGUUGUUGCCCAAUAGCAUGGAAGGUUACAGCCCUCUCUUGUGAGGUUGCUCAGACUCAGAAAUAUUUACCACAUAGUAUUAAACUCUAUGAAACAAUUUGUUCCAAGAAAUUUCCAAUGUUGUUGAUUUAACAUCCUUCAAACACAACGUGCCAAUAUGAGACAUGUCAUGCUGAUUUAGUGCAUCUUUUGGUAUUGUGUUCUCAUUGCAUUUCAGUAAAUUAUAGUGCAAUAAAAAAUGGUUGAUAAUUUUAUUUAAAAUACUCAAUGAUGUCUUCAUCCAACUGCUGCAUUGAACUUAUCAUAUUUGAAGAAAAAAACAUGUACUCCAAGGUUUUAAAACUGUUUUCGUGUGUUAUCAAACUGAAGUUUAACCUUAAGUUAAAAUUUUUCUUUAAAAAAUUACUACAAUUUUAAAUACAGACAUUUUACAGAUAAUUUUUCAUACUGUGUUUAUUUAAAAAAAAAAUAAUAAUAAAAAAAAGAGUCCACAUGCAACAGAAGUAAAACAUCUUGGUUAUUAGAUAUAGAUAAAGAUAAUUAUUAGUAUAUUUUUUUUUUACUGAACAAGAGAUAAUAAUUGUGAAUAGUAAGGAUGGUAGAUCUCACAUAAAAAAUAAAACACUCCAAUCGAACAUAGAUUGCACUUGUAAAGACUUAAGAGGUUAGUUUUAUAUAUAUUUUUUACAUUUUCAUUCUCACUAUUGACAUAAACUUGAUGUCGACCAGGGCUACGCCCUCCUUAAGCCCGAUGUGCCUCACGCCACUGCCGACCCCCCUCUCCUCCCACCGACACCUCCAUUUCAAACCUCCCGCCAACAAGUGCAUGUGUUCGGCGCCCACCCUAACUGGAGCAUUGGAGACUGCAUCUUUUUUAAAUAAUGUAGUAAUACUUAAAUAUCUGUAAUAUAUAAUCCUUAAAUCUAAAUUAACUUGUAAUUUUUAAAAGGUUUAAAUAGUUAUGUUUAACUGUCUGUCAUAUCAAUUUACUAACGGUAAGUUUAGAAUUUCCUGCGGCCAUGACACCCAGGGCUCUGGGUAGUCUCUUCCGUUCGCCGUGCGGGGUAAGACGCAUCUCAGCACCUGGUCAACUUCAACUUUGCUUGCAACUGAUCUGUUAUCAUCAGCCGUCGUAACUAUUUUUAAACCUUUUUUAAUCAACCUUCGAGGCCUACCCCGACGGCAGACUGUGUAACUUAAUUAAUUAAAGCUCCCCGGAGCGUUUUGGAUUAAUCGGUGGGCUUGUACUUUCGGGGCCGGGCUACGCGGUGUCCUGGUCAGCAUGAAAGCUGGACUAUAUGCUGUUUUUUUGUAUGUGUUGUCAGUGCCAAUAAAACUCAAUAUUCACCCGA